GAAUAUCCCAUAUAUUUCUCCUUAAAAGUAGAAAACAAGUGAAAAAAGAAUAAUGUAUUUUUAUAAGUUAGUCGCGUGCAUAAGUUAUUUGGUGGUCGCUAGGGUUGCCGCACGAGGGUUAUACAACAGCGGAGCUUAUGGUGAUCGAGAAUUACUGAAUACGGGCAGAUUCCAUGGUGUUAGCAGUCACAACCUGAACAGUAUAUCUGAUGAUGAGCCGGUGACACUGAACGACAAACAAGACCAUAAAUCGUCAGUAAUCUCGCAUCAUGAUUUGGCUGAAUUGGGCAAAUACGCUCAAGAUAUAAUCAGGGGCAAAAUUAUAUUGCCAAGACCGGCGGAACCGUUACUAAGUUCACCAAAAUUCAAGCAUUUCCUGAUCGAUCUGUCAACAAGUCCCUCCGAGCUGCUACACCAUGGCGGCGACCCCUUAAAUGAAAGCCAUAAAAGACUGAGAUCAUUCGCGUACGACGUCCUCAAUGGGAACAUUCCGAAGCACAAGGACUUCACACUGCUCCACACACUUUAUUUUAAAAAGUUUUUAAAAGCCAUUCUGGAUGAGAUCCCUGAAGUACCUGAUACAAAUGAAACUAUAGCAGUGACAACUGAUGUAAGGUCAAGAAAAACGCAUGCGAGAACGACAAUUGAAGGUCCAACAUCUGCAAGAUCAACACCUGCGGGACCAUCUCCAGGAUCAACACUUGCGAGGCAAACAACUCAAGAACCUGCGGAAUCAAUAACUGAAGGACAAAUACCUACGAACUCAAGACCUGCCGGACGAACAACUGGGGGUUUGACAAAUGCAUAAAUAACAAUAAAAAGAAAAAAAUCAGCACUUUUUGCUGGUCGCUGGAGCCGUCUCGGCUGUUGCUGCAUAUGCAUGUCUUUAGCGAGAUGUACCUAUACAUAUUUAAGACUAUUUUCUGGAAGACGAGAGGGGGGGGGGGAAUUAAAUAAGGCACAUUAUGUGCUUUUAGGCAUGUCUUUGCACAAACUUAAGAAUUCCACUCCUAUUUUAACAUUCUUUUAAAGGAGUGUUCUAUCAAUAAAACUAAUACAUAUUUCCAAAAUGAAGAAACACAAAAGAAGGAAAGAAAUUAAAUAUUAAUUUACAUACAUACAUUUUUGAACAGUAAUUUUUUAUGAUUCCAUCGCACAUUCGGAACGCAGAAUGAAGCCAGUCAUGAAGAACGGGCAAGAAAAUCAACUGUUUCUUUUCGACUUUCUGAAUUGGGUAUAUAAACAAUAAAUUUGUAUGAAUACAAACUACCAUAGCAAUACCUACCAGACUAUAAAAUCUACAAUAUAAGUGUAGCGAUAACACCGCCUCUUGUACCUUUAUGUGUAUGUUUCAAUCUGUAUUUAUGUUACUGUAUUUCAUUUGAAUUAUUCACUUGUCAUUGUACAUUUUUAUUUAUGGUGCAAUAAAGAGUUAAAUAAAUAAAUAGUGUCCGGGCCGUCCGUGACACCGUGUGAAUAAAAAUACAAUUAAAUAAUCAAA